AUGGUCGAAAAUAAAGAAAUAUGGGAUGAUUUACUUAUGUGGGCGCCGACCAUUCGUAAAAAAGACGAACAGCUACAGAAAAAAAAACCAGUUCACGAUGAGGCAUUACCACCCAUGCGCAAACCAGCUCAUCUUGUAAUUGACAAGCUCACCAAAACUAUUGGUCUCGACAACUAUGCAAAAACGAGAAAGUCAACUAUACGAAGCGAAUUAUCAUCGCCACCAGCGUCUCCUGCUGCUGCUGCUCCAGAAAAAACAACGAAUUUAGAGGGCAAAGCUACAGCUGAAAAAGAAAGAGGCAAUGCAGCAUUCCAAAAGCAAAACUUUGAACUAGCAAUUUCGCAUUACGAGCGUGCUAUCCAGUUAGGCAAAGGCGGACCGAAAGAAACUCUGGCCGUGUACCAUACCAACCGAGCCAUGGCCUACCUCAAAAUAUCCAAAUAUUCGGAAGCAGAACACGACUGUACGAAAGCACUCGAACUGCAACCACGUAGCCUAAAGGCGGCUUGGCGACGCGGUAUUGCACGACGCGAGCAAGGUCGAUUAGAUGAAGCACGGCAAGAUUUCGAAAAGGCGUUAGAGAUCGAGCCAGGAAACAAAGUAGUUCAAGAAGAACUGAAAACACUGCCAUCCAAAUCUAAACCGUCGUCGUCAUCGUCAUCCAAACCUCAACCAGCCAAGCAGACGACAGAUCCAAAAACAGCUGAAAAGCCUAAAGCCGAGCCAGCAGCAGUUGCACCAAAAGCUGAUAAAGAGAAGAACAAAAAGCCUAGUGUGGAACGUAAAAGAUUACCGAUCAAGAUCGUCGACGAAGCGUAUUCUACAGUUGAUACCACCAUCACUGAACCCACAUCAUCCGCAAAUGCAACCACAGCAGCAACAGCAGCAACAGAAACAGCAGAACAGCCGAAGGAGAAGGGAUCCCACAUUGGUAUCCAAGAGAUCGCUGAGCAGGAUAAGCAAAAGACUCCCACAGCUGUCACAAUCAAAGAGGUCGAGGAAAAGAAGCCCAAGCUUCCACCGUUGAAAGUUGGUGUGCCAAAGACAAACUUUGAGUUCGAACGGGAUUGGAAAGCAUGUCGUCAUCGUGGAUCGGACGUGCUGUAUGAAUAUUUUGAGUCGAUUCCGCCGUCGUUGUAUGCAACCCUGUUUCGAUCCUCGUUGGACUCAGAUCAGUUUGAACAGAUGCUGGAUCUGCUGGAAAGCCAUUAUACAAAGUACAAGACCGAAAAGGAAAUAUAUAAUGUGUUGCAAGGCUUGAGCCAAGUCCGUCGGAUCGAUAUGUUGGUCAUGUUUCUAGGAAGCAACCAUAAGCAAGUUCUGCAACGGUUGUUUGCGCGCAUGAAGGACAAGGUGGAUCAGACCGCAUUGGCAAAGACAGCCAAAACCUAUGGUGUCAAAUAA